AUGUUUGCAACGUUUGUUGAAAGUUCAUGCUUCAUGCACUUCAAGCUCGCUUUGCCUUCUAACAACAUGUUCUUGUGGUUGAUCUUUGCAGCCUUUGUGGUUUGCCUUUUGGUGCGCUUCUCUUACCUCUACCAGGAUGCCAAACACAUCUUGACAAAACUGAAAACAAGUCGCAGGGUGUUCCAGUACAUGCAGAGGAACUACACUAUUCUGGACCACUUCUUGGAGGCGGCCGAGACUCAGCCACACAAGCCGCUCCUUCUCUUCAAAGAUGACAUCUUCACCUACCAGGACGCCGACCGGCUCAGCAGCAAGGCCGCCAGAGCGUUGCUGCACAGCGGCCUGGUGCGGCAAGGCGACACCGUGGCGUUGUUCAUGGGGAACAAGCCCAUGUUUGUGUGGAUCUGGUUGGCUCUGUUCAAGCUCGGAUGUUCAGCGGCUUUGCUCAACUCCAACAUCAGGUCCAAGUCUCUGCUGCACUGCUUCAAGUGCAGCGGGGCUAAAGUCCUGCUGGUGGCUCAAGACUUGCAGAGUGCAGUGGAGGAGGUGCUGCCAGAGUUCCAGGAGCAGCAGGUGUCUAUAUUGAUUACGGGGAACACAUGUACACCUGCGGGUGUGCUCAGCUUCACAGACAAGAUGAGCCAGAUGUCCUCUGAGCCUCUAGCCAAAGAUCUAAGAUCCCAUUUAACACUGCAGAGUCCUGCAGUGUAUGUGUACACAUCAGGCACUACAGGUCUCCCCAAAGCAGCCCUGCUCACUCAUUCCAAAUUGUGGGGCAUGACGAUGAUUCUCCGAUCCACUGGGUUGACCUCCAAUGAUGUGCUUUAUAUCAGCCUGCCACUCUAUCACACCUCUGGAUUGGUUGGAUUGGCAGGAGCCAUUGAGACGGGUAUCACUGUUGCCCUGAGGACUAAAUUUUCUUCAUCUCAUUUCUGGGAUGACUGCAGAAGAUACAACGUGACUGUCGUACAGUACAUAGGUGAAAUUAUGCGUUUUGUCUGCAACACGCCAAAGGAACCCAACGAGCGAAGCCACAAAGUAAGACUUGCGAUUGGCAACGGAAUCAGAGCAAAUGUUUGGCGAGAUUUCCUAAACCGCUUCGGAAACAUUCGAAUCGUGGAGCUUUACGGAGCGACAGAAGGGAACUUCUUUUUGAUGAAUGACUGCGGAAAGAUUGGAGCUGUCGGACGAGCGAGCUUCUUGUACAGAUGGUGUUUUCCCUUCGCUCUGAUCAAGUAUGACGUCGACAAGGGAGAACCUCUGAGGGAUUCUUCUGGUCUCUGCAUCCAGGUUCCCAAAGGCGAGCCAGGACUUCUGGUGUCAGAAAUUUCUGCAAGGGCACCUUUUCUGGGCUAUGCCCGAGACCUGCAGCAGACUGAGAAGAAGAAGCUUCACGAUGUCUUAAAGAAAGGAGACGUCUUCUUCAACACGGGGGACCUGAUGCUCAUCGACCAAGAUGGCUUCAUUUACUUUCACGAUCGAGUGGGUGACACUUUCAGGUGGAAGGGAGAGAACGUGUCCACCAAUGAGGUGGCGGAUGUCCUCACUCAGGCUGACUGCAUCACGGAGGCCAGUGUGUACGGUGUGGAAGUUCCAGGCAACGAGGGCAGAGUAGGAAUGGCGGCUGUCGCUCUCAAAGGCGGGCAAACGUUUGAUUGUGUAGGCGUGUUCAAGCACCUGGAAAGCUUCCUGCCGGCCUAUGCCAGGCCACGUUUCAUCAGGGUUCAGAGCUCUUUGGAUGUCACUGUCACAUUCAAGAUGGUAAAGACCAAACUGGUUCAGGAAGGCUUCAACCCCACCACAAUAAAAGACCCACUCUAUUUUCUGGAUGUUAAGGAGAAGACGUACAUCCCGUUUACAAUCGCUUUGUUCCAUGCAGUGACAUCUGGCAACAUCAAAAUAUAAUCCACGCCUUUCGUGCCUCCGUUGGAAGAGAAACAUUUGACAAUGAUGUCUCACAGUAGUUGCAAAUCACGUACAGUAGGAUCAAUCAAAACAAAAUUAAAAAUGAUUAGCUUUUCUAAAAAUAACAAUCCAUCCAUCCAUUUUCUAUGCCGCUUCUCCUCAUUACGGUCACGUGGGUAUGCUGGAGCCUACCCCAGCUGACUUGGGGCGACAGGCGGGGUGCACCCUGGACUGGUGUCCAGCCAAUGGCAGGGCACAUAUAGACAACCAAUCACAUUCAUACCUAUGGACCAUUUAGAGUCUCCAAUGAAGCUAACAUGCAUGUUUUUGGAAUGUGGGAGGAAACCGGAGUACCCAGAAAACCCCCCCACACACACGGGGAGAACAUGCAAACUCCACACAGAAAUGCCCAAGGGAGAAUCCAACCCAGGUCUUCCCAUCUCCAGACUGUUACUGUGUGGCCAACAUGCUAACCACUCGGCCAGAAAUAAGAAUUCAUGAAAAAUGAAAGUUAAAAAAUCAUGUAAUGAAUGCAGUGUUUCACACAUAACUAAUGUUGUGUAACUUGAAAAUGGAAAACCAAAGCAAUUUGAAACAUGAAAUGACCAAAACAAAAGCGUUUCAUGACUUAUUUCAAUGUCAUUAUUCUACCCCUUGUCCCACCUCGGAAUAACUAAACAUAUAUACACGGUAUACAAUAGGGGUGUCUGAUAAUUAUUGGUCAGAUAUGAAGGAAUUAUGACAUCAUACGAUAAAUCCCAUAACAUUAAAAAUAGCUCAGGUGAUCAAUAACAAAAAAAAGUCACAACUUCCCUUGUGCUCACUUGUAAACACACAUUCACGUUCCGAGGAAGACAUGUUGAGUGCCAGUUGUACCAAAUGCUCGGCGAUGAGGUGGAAAGAACCGCAUCAAGCACACAAAAAACCUCAUCAGCCUCCUGAAACGCCAGCGCCGCGGCGUUUGAAAAGUGCAAAAGGUUUGCCAGAGACUUCCAUGGUGUCACAGUGGCUGCUUGGAGCGUGUGUCCGAAUACAGUGCACCUUGCUGGGCCACAGCAGGUGGCUCCUCCCCCUCUAUACUCUGGUUCUCCUGAUGGUACUGAUGUGGUAGUCGUGAUGUCAUCAUAUUUCAUGAGUUGUUCCAGUCCUUACCUCCACGUGUGCACUAACUACACUAACAUCUAUACAUUUGAGAAAGUAGAUAUAAAAACCUUACGGCUUAUUGGUACCAUGUUGCUCUUGGGAAGCACAAAGUUAUCGGUAUCUGUUUGAAAACAAACAAUAUCAUGCAUUUUGCAGUUUUAGUCAAGCGUGUGUCGUGGCGACCAGGUGAGGAGUACAACGGCAAAUG